GCGGCGGCAGAGGUUUUCCCUUGAAGCCCCAGAGCAGUUCAUCCUGGCAGGCUCCCCAAGAUUGUUGUGAGGAGUCUAGCCAGUUGGUGAGUUCUGUAAUCUGAACCAGCUGUCUCCAGACUGAGGCCCCGAUUUGCAUUGUUUAACAUACUUAGAAAAUGAAGUGUUCAUUUUUAACAUUCCUCCUCCAAUUGGUUUAAUGCUGAAUUACUGAAGAGGACUAAGCAAAACCAGGUGCUUUCUCUGUACUCUCUCCAGUGCCUGAGGAGGAUCAGACUCUCACUGUCCUCUCUAUCGCUGGCCAUUUCAUUAUCUGGAAUAUAAAUAAUCGAGGGACGUGAAGCUCUAGCAGCAGGCUGAGGUUCAGGAACUUUCUUUGGAUAAUACAGCAAUCGCAGCUUUUUAUUAUUUUUUUUCCCCGCCUCACACGUCUUGGACAUGCAAGGAUUAAAGAGGAUACUGACUGUUUCCAUUCUGGCUCUUUGCCUUUCCCACCCUGGAAAUGCACAGCAACAGUGCACUAAUGGUUUCGACCUGGACCGUCCAUCCGGACAGUGCUUAGAUAUCGACGAAUGCCGGACUAUCGCCGAGGCCUGCCGGGGUGACAUGAUGUGCGUGAACCAGAACGGCGGAUAUUUAUGCAUCCCCCGGACGAACCCGGUGUAUCGCGGGCCCUACAUGAACCCUUAUUCUGCCGCCUACCCACCUCCUGCUGCACCUCUUCCCGCACCUAACUACCCCACUGUGUCGCGGCCCCUCAUUUGCCGCUUUGGCUACCAAAUGGAUGAAGGCAACCAGUGUGUCGAUAUUGACGAGUGCGCAUCGGAUUCCCAUCAGUGCAAUCCCACGCAGAUCUGCAUCAAUACUGAAGGAGGAUACACCUGUUCCUGCACUGAUGGGUACUGGCUUCUGGAAGGCCAGUGCUUAGACAUAGAUGAAUGUCGCUAUGGUUACUGCCAACAGCUGUGCGCCAAUGUUCCUGGCUCCUAUUCCUGUACGUGCAACCCCGGCUUUACCUUGAACGAGGAUGGACGAUCAUGCCAAGAUGUAAACGAGUGUAUGACAGAAAACCCCUGUGUGCAAAACUGUGUCAACACCUACGGCUCCUUCCUCUGCCGCUGUGACCCUGGAUAUGAACUCGCAGAUGACGGCGUUAACUGCAGUGAUAUGGACGAAUGCAGUUUCUCUGAGUUCCUGUGCCAGCACGAAUGUGUGAAUCAGCCUGGAACUUACUACUGCUCCUGCCCUCCUGGCUACAUUCUGUUGGAUGAUAACAGGAGUUGUCAAGACAUCAAUGAAUGUGAGCAUGGAAAUCACACCUGUGUUCUGCAGCAAACCUGCUUCAAUUUGCAAGGGGGCUUCAAAUGCAUAAAUCCAAUCAGGUGUGAGGAGCCAUACAUCCUCCUCAGUGACAACCGUUGCAUGUGUCCUGCAGAAAAUCCUGGCUGCAGAGACCAGCCCUUCACCAUUCUAUACAGAGAUAUGGAUGUUGUGUCCGGACGAUCUGUUCCGACUGACAUUUUCCAAAUGCAAGCAACCACCCGCUACCCCGGUGCCUAUUACAUCUUCCAGAUUAAAUCAGGGAACGAGGGCCGAGAAUUCUACAUGAGGCAAACGGGGCCCAUCAGCGCCACCCUGGUGAUGACCCGCCCCAUCAAAGGGCCUCGCGACAUCCAGCUGGACUUAGAAAUGAUCACGGUUAACACUGUCAUCAACUUCAGGGGCAGUUCCGUCAUCCGGCUGAGGAUAUACGUGUCACAGCAUCCGUUCUGAGCCCACUCAAAUCCACUCUCCCAAACAAGAAGCAAAAAACAACACCCCCAGCCCCCGAAAAGACAGUACCCCCUUCCCUCAGGGGUCAGCUCCAGCUGGACCGGCUCCCACAGCAGAAUUUCGGCAGACACAUCAGCCACGCCGCCAGGGGUAUGAGGUGAAGUCUCUCUACAGUGUUUCCAAUGCCACAGACCUCAGAGUGUCUUGCCAACUCCCAUGCUAGUUGACAGGUGAUUACCUGGUCUUUCAAACCUUUGGUUGUUUUCUUUGGUUUUUCUCCAAUUUUGUUUGCUGAAGUAUGAUUAGAGGCUCAGGAGCCUGUGAACUACCCUUUCCCCACUCCCUGCUCUCCCUCUCCCUACAACCACUCUUGAUCUGCAAUUGCUGAGUUACUCUGCAAAGGUACCAAUGAACCAAGGAAAACCCCGGGUGUAGUUUGUUUGCUUAUUACAUUUUACUAAGAUGGCUAGUCAAAACAAACACGCAGCAGGAUCCAAGAUUUUUAUACUUUCUGUUUCUAAACCCUGUUUGGGGUUGUCAGCUAUAGAAGAAGUUUCAGUUGUCUUUCAAACUGCUUUAUAGUUUUAUCCCGACUUGACCAUCUCAGAUGGUUUGGAAGGGCAGUGGUUAACAUUUCUUUCCAAAAAACAUUAUAUGGUCUGCCUUUCAAAAGUGAUCUUUUUCAUUUUAAUAGGGAUCCUCUGAGGAUCCCUUAUUUGUCCUGUCUCUGGAAUUUUCACACUACAUUGAGAGAAGACAUUUAAAUAUUCAAAAAAUGCAGAACUUCAUUCAUUUUGACAUUCUAGAUGUGGAAGAACUAUUUGAAUUAGAUUGUCAGACGGCAGAGAAACAGUGAAGAAGCAAGCUCUCUCUGUCUUCUUGGUUCACACUUAGCAGACACUUUUGUCUGCCUCCUCAGAAUUAGCAGCAACAAAAAUUUUCUGAGGCCUCAUCUCCUCUCCUCCCUCCCACUUUUCUUCCCCCUGGGCAACAAGCAGCCUUGCAAGCUGUUGUUUUUUUGGCUAAAAAUAGGCACCCACACCUAGCCCACAUAAUUUCAAUUUCACUUUGUGCUCCUCAAAUGUGAGUGGUAAAAUCCUGCUCAUAAACUCAUGGUUUUGCAAACUGUGAAAAUGUGCAGAUUCUCUUUUCACAUCAUUUAAUGUCACAGUCCCGGUGGUUUGUUGAUGUUAAACUGUAGUUAGAUCAAAAAUCCGUCCAUAGCCUAUUCUGAUAUUUAGUACUGUACUUCAGGCCCCAAGCCAGUCAACAGUAUGGGGCUUGAUUCCUUCACUGUGUAAAUCAAUCAAUCAAUCAAUCGUAUUUAUUGAGUGCUUCUGGAUGCAGGGCUCUGUACUGAGCACUUGGGAGAGUACAAACAACAAUAUAACAGACACGUUCCCUGCCCCCAAUGAGGGUUGGCCACUUAGGGUUGUGUGACAGAGGUGUCAUAAACUGGCACAGAGUGACAGAUGGAAUGGAUUUAUGACUAUUUCAUCUCACGCAACCCCUUCUGAGCCAAAUAUACAUGACUUUAUACACAACAGGAGAUUCAGGCUUAUGUCAUGAUCCCUUUAGCAUCUGCAACAUAGUCAAGCACAGGUUCAUGGAGAAAGUCCUAUAAACAUGGAAAUGAGGAAGAGGAGAGGAUGUCUUGCCCAUUUGGGGACCUACAGCUUCAGAGGUCCCAAGUUUUGGGUCAAGCUCCAACCUUUGGGGUUCACAUUUUGUUUCUUAAUUGCAAAAUGUGACUUCCUGCUUCUAAGUAAAAAGGCUCAGAGAGACUCAUAAAAACAAGCUCAGAAGCCUUCUUGGAUAUCGGAUAGUUCUUUCAAAACAGCCCUGUGAUGAGUUAAGUGUAAAUGAAUCAGAAACAUGUGGAUUACAUUUUCCUUAAAAUACACUUGGGUUUAAAAAUUAAAGGAAAAAGUACUUGGGGCAAAAUGUGCAUUGCCAAACCCCAAACAUUUGGGAAACAGCUCAAUAUGCUCAAUGCAUCCAAAGCGCUGCUUGCUUCUCCCACCCCUGGGGAAAAGCAGGAUGUUAUUAUUUUCACAAGUUUGGAAAUAGUCAGAACCUGAGAGGCACAAAGUCAGUUGGGAGUGUGGGGGGUAGCUGUUGUAUCACUCCCUCGAACGGGCAGGUUGUCUUAAUUACAGAUUCUAACUGGAGCUGGAGAAAUUUUUAUUUUUCUAAUUCCUUUUUCAGUAACUGUGAGUAUUCCCUUUUUUAAUUUUUUUGUGUUUUCAUGAACAAAUGUAUAUGAUUGCCAAAUGGGCCUCGGGUCAAGUGUGUUCUCUCUAUAUUUCAGGAAAAAAAUGAAAAAUUUUGGAGUUCGUAUUUCCCCGAGUCAGAUAUGUCUGUGGAUAUAUUUAGAGAGUGUGCCUAUAGAUCUAUCCUAGAUUAUAUAUGGACAUACAUAUUCAUGUUUAUGUGCAGGUGUACAAGAGAGAAAAUGUAUAUAUGGGAAACAUCCGAUCCCUGGUCACUAAUUGAUAACUUGGUGGUCAUUAUUAAAUCGCCUUUCAAACUUCCCUUCUCUGGAUUCAAUAUUCCUUAGCUCAUCAAAAUUAUUUUCCAACCUAAAUGAUGUUUUGUGGGCCUCCAUUAAACCAGACAUGUAGCUCCCAACUUCUCCAUAUAUUUCUGAAGUUGUAGAGCCAGGUGACCAAUCCCGGAUUUUUUAAUAACAUCUUUGACACAUAAAUGUAGUAUUUCCAUGAAUAAAUCUCAAUAUUGUACUCGCAUUUUAAAUUCACAGCACUCAUUGCGGAUUCCUGAUAUGCUUUUUCUCCAUUAUGGACCCCUAGAUGGUUUUCUACCACACUUGCUCCUAAACAACCAUUCCUUUUUAGUUAACUGUGUGGUUUGCUUUCCCUCCUCCAAGCACACUACUCUGCCCUUUCUCUAGUGGAUUUUGUUCUGUUAAUUUCUGACUUCAUCAUCUCAUUGGGGGUUAGUUUGAGUUUCAGUCCCAUGCUCCAAGGUGCUAGGUAGGCAUUUCCAGGGAAUUCAUGAGUACACUUUAUAUUCCUUCAGCUACGUCCUCGAUGCAAAUAUGAUGCUGCCAUCAAGAAGGAAGGGGCAAAAGCAGUCUUUGGGCCAAGACUUUAGAGAUUGGGCCAAGACUUCAGAGACCACUUAGACCCACUCCCAGGAUUGGGCUUUUUCCCAUCUCUCUCACGAUACCUUCUAAUCUUAGAUAGGGUUUCCCUCACCUGCAUUUUGUCUGGUCAUCAUUGUGAGCCUCUGCCACUAGCUGGACCAGAUUAACCUUGUUGUAUUGGAACAAUGACUCUGGAAGCCUUCCUUCCAGGGGCUUUUGGUGGGCUUCAGGUGUGGGGAAUGUUGGCCCAAGCAGCUCAUGGAAGUUGUUCUGCUUCUACUGUGUCGCUACUCUCUCACCUGUCCAAAUGCCAAAUUCUGAGUCAAUUAGAGGACCCAGAUUUAGCUCAGAGCCAACUAAGAGACUAAAAUCAAGGAACCUCUUUUUGUUAAAUGCUAUGCUCCUCUUGCUCGUAGUCUGGCCUUAUCUGGCCCUAUUCCUAGCCAGACAUCUGCCCCAGGAUUCAUACACCCAUCAUAGAUCUCUAUGCUUAUGCUGCCAGCCCCAUCCAAGGUUUCAUCAGUGACAGAUGUCAAGUCCUGCCAGAGCUGAUGAGCCAGGAACCCUAUUAACGGAAUCUGACUUUAGAAAAAGGGGAAGAAAUGAAAUCUACAUUUGGGAUGACAGCCACAGUUUCCACCAUUGGACAGUUUCAGAGUUUCAUGGUUUGAAUACACUAAAAUCAGCGUGAAAGUCACAUACCUGAUGUCUUACAUACUUGGAUAGUUCUCUUGGUUACUUCAUUGGGUAAAAUUCUUGGUCUUUAGGAAAUUAUUUCUGUAGAUGGGGGAAAUGUUUGAUUGAAAGGUUUGAUUUCCUCACAUCAAUGGUACAAAUGUACUCUUAUGGUCCAAAAACUAACAGCUUGGCUUUGAAGAUGCCAUUCCAUUCUAUACCCUAAGAGUGGCCAACGGGAGAACUGGCAUUAUAAUAGAGAGCUGACCAGUGUUAAUGAGGACGAGGACUUAUCUGUGUAAAAGGCAGUAAUUUUAAGUGGCGGGAUGAAUGGCACCAAGAGGAACCAUUUUUUUUUCUGUUAAUAUCUAAAAUCCUUAGAGUGUGAGCUCACUGGAAAAUCAAAUGUGAAUGCAUUUGUCCAUAUCUGAAGACAAGAUUUCUAUUGUAUUGCCCCUUGCCACUUAAUUGAUGGACUCUCCAGUUGGAACAGUGAUGAGCCUUGGUCCUGAGACUUCAGAGCUAUUUAACCAUAGAAUUGUUCGGAAGGAAAUAUUUCAUAAGACCUUUGCCUUUCUCACCAGCUGGGUAUAGUGCCUCAAGUGAAUCUCCUUAGAGCACCAAGUAUUCUCAGCGUAAUCAACCAGACUCUCUGCGGUGCCUAGUGUCACUCUUUGUUAGAAAGAGAGGCUUGGAGGUGAGCAUUCACACAUUCCUGCCACUAAUGACCAGUUGGUGCAUCAUGUAAUGGUGGUGUUAGGAAAUCGUAGAGGGUGGGUACAGUAGUCUUACUUUCUAUGGAAAUAUUCUCUAUCCACAUGUAAUUGAAGAACAUGAUAACAGUGAGAGAUAGCAACAGAUGGGCGUGUCCUUAAGUAGUAACACAAAGUAAAGUCACGGGUGAGUCACAUAAAAACAGCAACCCCAAGGUUCUACUGACUGUGGAGAAAUCUUUCCUUGUACAUUCACUCCCACCCAAGAGAGGUCAAACUAUGCAAUUGGAGUGCCUAGAAGCAUUGAAAUAUACCAAAGGUUUGGCAAGCUACUAGAAUAGCUUUAGGGUCAGAAAGUCACUUGUUAGCUAAAUUCCAUGGUCCCCAGACUCUGAUUUUAAGCUCAGUCCUUUCCCUAAUCCUUAUUUGCUACUAAACAUGCAUCAAAUUUUGUGGUCAUGGUUUCAAUCAGAAGGAUACUGUAAUUUCAAUUAGUAGGGGGCUGGCUUGAGAUUUUCUGACUCUUAACCUACAAAUCCUUUCUUAAUUUGUAUCUAAAAAGGAGUUUUAAUCGCUUAACAGUUCUUGAAGAGUUUGUCUUCAACAUGCCAUUUUGGAACUAUGUUUUUAAAACGUAAAAGAAUUAAAGUACAUUUCCAAUAAAACUAUAAGUCAAUGAAA